AUGUCUUCAGCUACAAAAGAAAUAAUCACUUCAAAAGGAGAAACAUCUUCUGUAUCAACAGCAAAAGAGGAACUGACCACUCCAGCAAAAGGACAAACAUCUACAGCAUCUGUACAAUCAUCUGGAUCUACAACAAAAGGUGAAGCAACCACUCCAGCUAAAGAGCAUAUGUCCACAGUGCCUGCACAAUCUUCAAAGUCUACAGUCAGAGGGGAACUGACCACUCCAGCGAAAGGAACAGCAUCUACAUUAUCUGUACCAUCUUCAGGAUCAACAACUAAAGUUGAACUGACCACACCAGUUACAGGCAAUCUAUCUUCUGUAUCUACUCUAUCUUCUGGAUCAACUACAAUGGAAAGUAAAGUGACCACUCUAGCUAAAGGACAACCAUCUACAAUCACUGUGUCUCCUUCUAAAUUUACAGUUAGUGAAGAACAGACCACAGCAUCUAAAGGACAAACUGCGUCAUUACCCGUAUCUGUUCGUGGUGUAACACCAGAUGAAAAAUUGGAACAAAGCACUCCAGGUAAAGGCCGUGUAUCUACAAUAUUUGUACCUACUAAUCAAGGCACACCAAGUAUCGUUGGUCUGACCACUCCAGCUAAAGGAAAACCAUCCACUGUUUACAUACCUACUCCUAGAGUUACAGUUAAUGAGGAAAUGACCACUGCACCUACUUCAGACUUUUGGAGUUUGUGGACAUCUUGGUCUGACUGUUCUGUAAAAUGCGGAGAAGGAGUUCAAAGACGUAACAGAACUUGUAUUUAUGUGUCAGAGACAAAGGACGUGCGUGGUUGCCAUGGGAAAAACCUGGAAUUGAAAUAUUGCACCAGAAAAGAGUGUGUGUGUAUAUUCACUGCUGAUACAUUCAGGAAAGAAUUCGGUUACGAUGAUUUCAAUCCAUUUGGCUGGAUUGAAAAAGAUGGGAAACCAGGGAAGACAUCUGAGGAGGAAGUUGUUUAUUUUAAUGACAAAAUAGAACAAGGGGUUAUUGUAAAUAUUGACUGCAACAAUUGUACUUGUGCAAAAGGAGAAAUAACUUGCACCAAAACCAGAUGUAAAGAAACGGGUUGUAAAUAUGGUGAAUGGACUGACUGGUCAACUUGUUCAAAGACUUGUGACAAUGGAAUCAAGAAACGACAUAGAAUUAAGUCCUUCCAUACAGGCUCUGAACCAUGUACUGAAGCUACAGAGGAAAUAGUCAAUUGUAAUAUUGUUGUCUGCAACAAUGAAUGGGUCCCAUGGUCACCAUGGAGCGGUUGCAGCACUAAUGUAGCCUGCAUGUCUGGGAAACAAAUCAGAGCAAGGGAAUGUGUCACUGAGAAUGGACAGCUGCCAAGUUCAGGAUGUGUCGGAAGUAAAUUACAAAGUAAAAUAUGUGAGAACGACUGCCCAGAAACUCCUGAAUGUUCCGAUGGGAAAGUGUGGACAGAAUGUAAAAAGAACAACAGAAACUGUCCUGUCACCUGUGCUGAUGUCCGCUUGCCAAACAGUUGUGUGGAGACAGAAGAAUGUGAACCAGGCUGUCGUUGCCCAGAAGGACAAGUUGAGUACAACAACGAAUGUGUUAACGCUUCCAGUUGUCCAUGUUUUGAUGAGGAUGGAAACAUCCGAUUGCCAGGAUUUGAAGUUCCCACUUCAAAUGUGUGUCAGAAAUGCAUAUGCCAAGAAAAUGGAAUGAUAGAAUGUACCAAACGAGAACAAUGCUGUGCUUUACUACCUUGGAGCUCUUGGAGUGUCUGUCACACUUCUUGUGGAAAAGGAAUCAGAAAAAGAUUCAGAACAAUUGAUGAGAAAAUUUCGUCUGGCUGCAAUUCUACAAAUGUGACGGAGGAAGCUGACUGUUUCGUCACUGAUUGUAUUCCUGAAUGUCGAGUCAAUGAUAAAAACUAUAGGAAUGAUGAAGUCAUCAAUACAACUGAAUGUGAGACAUGCCAUUGUCAAAAUAAUAAAGCUCGCUGCAGUAAGAUACCUCUAUCAAUAGUUGAUGGUAACUGGACAGAGUGGAGUGAAUGGUCAGAGUGCAGCUCGACCUGUUCAAAUGGGAUCCGAAUGAGAGAAAGAACAUGCUCUAAUCCUUUACCUAAAUGUAGUGGUGCAUUAUGUGAAGGCGAAAACACGCAGCAAGAAUCAUGUAAUGAGGAAGUGCCUUGCUGUACUGUGUUAAGUUGGUCAAACUGGACAGAGUGUUCUAAAUCUUGCGACGCGAGUCAAAAGGUCAGAACUAGAGAACUGUUACCAGAAUGGUCAUUUUCCGACUGUUCUAUUGAACUGAAACAGACAAAGAAAUGUAACACAGAUAAGUGUAUAUCUGGUUGCAAUAUAACACAAUGGUCACCUUGGUCACCAUGCUCGGUAACGUGUGGCCUUGGUAGAAAAGUGAGAGAAAGAACCAUUAUAGAAAAUCUAAAGGAAGACUGUCCAACCAACUUAAUGGAUACAGAAGAAUGUAAUGAAAUGGACUGCGACUGUGAGGAGAACGAAAUCUGGAAAGAAGAAUACUGCGAACAUUCCUGCUCUGAUAUGUUUGGAAAACCAACAUGCAAGGUGAAUUCUUGCACGUGUAAGGAUAAUUUCUAUCGUGCAAUGAAUGGAUCAUGUGUUGCUGAAAGCAAAUGCAAAGUUUGUUUUGUUAAUGAUGAACCAAAACAGCCAAAGGAUAUUUGGAUAAACCCUGAAGACAAUUGCGAAUUAUGCGAGUGUGUGAGUGGAAAGACUCUUUGCCACCGUGUCUGUGAAAUCAAAACAUGUUUACCAGAUGAAGAAUUGUCCUAUGAUGUUCCAAACCAAUGCUGUCCAAGAUGUGUGAAAAAACAAUCUCGUUGUACACUGAAGUCCAAGAUGGAGUUCUUGUUCAAUCCGUUGGCUGAGUGUAAAUCUGUGAAAAAGAUCAUGUACCUUUAUUGUGAAGGCAAUUGCGGACUCAGUUCCCAAUUACCAGUAUUGAUGAAUGCAAAUGAAGGCCCUGGAACUCAUAAAAACUGUACCUGUUGUCAAGGGAAACCAAGUGAACCGAUUCCUGUACAGAUGGUGUGUGGUUCAAAUGAAGUUGAACAUACAGGGUUCUAUGUGAAUAUGAUGAGUUGUAAAUGUCAAGAAUGUUCAGAAAUUUGAAUCCCAGAAUGCAUCAGACAUAUAAUAUACGGAAAUGGAAUCAUUUGCCACUACCAGAAAUCAUUUAAUUCAUACUGUUGAUUGUAAAUAUCUAUAGAAACCAAUCAUUCUUUCAAUAAAAUUUUCCACAAGUC